AUGGAUCAGUUGAACUCGGAGGAGUUUGACUCGCUUCUGGAUGCAACCAUGACCAAAUCGGUCACCCAAGCUAUAGUCACGGCUAUGGGGGCGAUGUCUGAAACCCUGACACAGUCCAUUAGUAACGCCAUACUGGCGUCUAACACAAACCCUAGCGGCCUCCGCCCCAAAGCCCAAACUGACAAGCCUGCGCCCCUCAGCGGCCGUAAGGCUACGGAGAAGACCCACCAUAAGGGCAAACACACCUCCAAAAACAGCACGAAGGACAGGACACGCCCUGUCACUUCUGAGGACGUGGGGCCCCCACGCAAAAGAGCCACCCACCGGGCAAAAGCGGUGAGGAUGUGGAAAUGGGCAAAAGCCCAAACAGAGACAUCCGACUCUGGUUCGGACAUAGAGGAGGUAAUGAGUGAGUCCGAGGAUAUCGGCUCUUUGGAAUCGGGAGACUCUUCCCCUGAGCGCAGUCGAGCAGUCACACCAAUUACGGGUAAAGUGCUCAUGGAUGACUCCAUCAUCCUAGACCCCCAGGGCGAGCCUCUAUUUAACCCAGACGACCUACAACACCCUAGGUCUACAGACUGGUUCCCAGCCGACCAUGUGGCCCAGUAUAUAGUGGCCAGGAUCAGGAAGCCCCUGGAUAAAACGACCAGGAAUAAGUUAAGGGCAGAGUGCCCACGCCCAACGGUCCCCGAUAUGGCUUGCGCCACGCCAGAGGUGGACCCCAAGAUUGCCCAGUUCCUGGGUAAGGCUGGCUGGAAAGCCAAAAAAGGGCUAGACUACUCCCUUCGCCACUGCCAGGAUAAGGUGCUGGACUCCUUGGGUCCCAGCGCAAAAAUCUUCGACUUGGUCGAGGCGACAAUCUCAGGCGGCGCACCGCUGGAUCCUUUAGUGAUCCGGGAGUGGGCGCAACGCUCUAUCUGCCUCAUCGGCAACUCCAAUGUCGCACUUAGUACUGAGAGGCGGAAGGCAAUUCUCAUGAAGAUAGACCCUAAACUGGUCAUGUAUAGAAAAAAAGGGGAUGAUCUGCUAAACAAAUAACAAGAACAGUGCAUAGCGCAUAACUGUGUGUAUGAAUAAACCAAAUGUGUAGUUUUCAAAUGGCCACUCACACUUUCGUUGAAAUAUAAAUGCCUUGGAACUGAAUUGCUCUUUUCAGCAAAAUUGCUCUUUUCAGCAUAAAUGCCCUUCCAGGAAUGAUUCUUCCACCACUUUUAAACUCUCAUGGAAUAGUUAAAAGGUGUGUGCUCAAAGAAAAAAACAGAACUUGUAGUACAUAUUUAAAAAUGUAGAAAAAAUAAUUUAAUUACUUACAUCUAAAUAUAAAACAAUGGAUGUAUUCUCACUGUCACCACCAGGGGUCCUACGCGUUUCGUCCGUAUGUAGGACUUCCUCAGGGACUUCAGUGACCAGAAAUGACAGCAUACAAAUGAAUACAAAUUUGUAUGCUGUCAUUUCUGGUCACUGAAGUCCCUGAGGAAGUCCUACAUACGGACGAAACGCGUAGGACCCCUGGUGGUGACAGUGAGAAUACAUCCAUUGUUUUAUAUUUAGAUGUAAGUGAUUAAAUUAUUUUUUCUACAUUUUUAAAUAUGUACUACAAGUUCUGUUUUUUUUCUUUGAGCACACACCUUUUAACUAUUCCAUGAGAGUUUAAAAGUGGUGGAAGAAUCAUUCCUGGAAGGGCAUUUAUGCUGAAAAGAGCAAUUUUGCUGAAAAGAGCAAUUCAGUUCCAAGGCAUUUAUAUUUCAACGAAAGUGUGAGUGGCCAUUUGAAAACUACACAUUUGGUUUAUUCAUACACACAGUUAUGCGCUAUGCACUGUUCUUGUUAUUUGUUUAGCAGAUCAUCCCCUUUUUUUCUAUACAUGUUCUGUUGAAGACAGGAGGAAGUCUUCGGGAAAUCCUACCUGAUUCAGGGAGGUCUUUUUCUGCUAUUUAUCUGUUGAGCACUUAUUGCACUGUGGUUUGUGCACACAUAUCGCUUUUUUGUAUCUUUGUAUAUUUCCUAAACUGGUCAACAUGGCCAUAACCGAGCCUGGACCCCAGGCAAAAGGCCUCCUCUUCGGAGACAAUUUUGUAAAAGAACUGGGCAACUACGUGAGCACAUUUACGGCCCUGGAUAAGGCACAGACAAACCUGAAACGGGCGUUCUCCCCGAAGGUUUUUGGAGGGGCUGGCAGGUACAGGGGCCGUCUGUCCAGCCGCCCAUCACGGAGCUCCCACCGGGGCUACCGAGGCCUCACGACACCACGGUUCCCUCAGACGGAGACCAGAACCCCCACACCUUUCUUCCCGGUCAGGGGCAGAUCGUGGCAGCCCAGAGGUCACAGAGGUUCCACAUACGGCCGACAACCUUAUGGUAAGUGCUUUCCCCUUCUCCCUCUCUCGGACCUCACACGUGGGGGGCAGACUUUGCAAAUUUAUCAGGGCAUGGCACAGACUCACGUCCGAUGCCUGGAUCCUCAACACAGUAGCAGGGUACCAUAUAGAAUUCGUCAAAGACCCAACCUAA